UGUAGUCUCCCUGACCAUUAACAUUGGCUAGCCUGCUCAAAAUAGCAGUGAAAUCCCGAACUUUACAUUUCUGCUAGGAUAUCCAAGGAAAAGGAAGUUAAGUUUAUCAUUUAUACCCCUUCCUUUGCUUUAAAAAUGCCUCUUCAUAUGCACCCCAUCGUUCUUGGCUGUAUUCUGGUCGUGACAGUUGGAACAGCCAUGUAUACUUACAUAACGACAAGACAACAGGACCAAAAAUACAGUUACGGCAGCAGUAACAGAUCAAGACAAUGUAGUUUCGAAGACAUUUCUAGAGCGUCUUCGUGUUCAACAAUAUCUGACGACAGUAAACAAUCAUCUAGGAAAAGGAAACGCGAUAAAUGUAUGGUCUGUUUGUCAUCCAUAACAACGGAUUCGUAUGCCCUAAGUUGCUCGCAUGUUUUCCAUUUUAAUUGCAUAAGCAAGUGGUUGAAAGAGAAUAAUACUUGUCCGAGUUGUCGGCAAGAACCCAUAUUUAAUUUGUCUUUGAGUACUUUGAAAGCAAAGCACUUAUAAAAAAAUAAUUAUUGACAGUGAUAUUCUUAAGGUAAGCGUCAUUUCAUGAAAUUAUUACAAAAUACUUUUUUUGAGAUAAAUUUUGUGUGUUCUAUUUAGGUUUAAAAGGAUCGCAACUACCUAAAAGUAUCCUCAUUUACUUACACGUCUUUUAGAUAGUUGCAAAUAUUGUGAUAAAUUACCAAGAGGUUUGCAAAAAAAGUGACUUUCCUCGUGAUAUUAAUUAUUUUCUUCUUAAUAUUUUGCAAACUUGUUAAUUUAUAUGUAGGUUUGUUUCCAGUUUUAGAUGUAAUGUGACCUUACUAAAAUUGAUAUUAAUAAUUUGUAUACUAAAAUUGAUAAUAAAAAUUACAUUAAAA